UACGACACUCGCCAGCAUCUCCCAACCUAGGACCCUGUUGUUAUAAGAACGCUCCCAAUCCUGUAAAACCCUAAUCUUCAACCUCUGCUCUUCUGCUCUUCGACUGACGGCCGUCGUCUCUGUUUCCUCACAGUCACACCCCUCACCAGACCGCACAGAUGGGAUUCAAACGAUAUGUUGAGAUCGGGCGGGUGGCUCUGAUCAACUACGGGAAGGAAUAUGGAAAGCUCGUCGUCAUCGUCGAUGUCGUCGAUCAGAACCGGGUGAGUUACCAUUUUUAGUCUCCUGGAUUCUUCUGUAGAUCAGUUUUUUUAGGUGCAUAGUAGAAAAUUGAUUCUCCCCAGUACGCAAUUAUUGUGGAUGGUUAGUUUGAUAUAUCGGCUUAUAGAUAUUAGGUUACGGGUAGUAGUCGGUUUAGGCGAACUACUUGUUUCUGCACCCAGUGGCUGAUCUUUCUUGGCUUGGUGUCUGUUCUGUUUUUAAGACCUAAUCUUUACUUUCGGAAUCCUCGGAAAUUCGGAUUUCAAGGCACUAGUUGAUUCCCCAGAUAUGGUUAGGAGCCAAAUUAACUUCAAGAGGCUUACACUCACCGAUAUCAAGAUUGAGAUUAACAGAGUUCCCAAGAAGAAGACGCUUAUUGAAGCCAUGGAGAAGGCUGAUGUUAAGGGCAAGUGGGAGAACAGCUCAUGGGGUCGCAAAUUGAUCGUUAAGGAGAGAAGGGCUGCCCUUACCGACUUUGAUAGGUUCAAAUUGAUGUUGGCCAAGAUCAAGAGAGGAGGAUUGGUCAGGCAAGAGCUCUCCAAGCUGAAGAAGGAGACCGCCGCUUAGGACCUCCCACAGUAUUAUUUUCUCUAUUUUUGUUGGUAGUCUGCAAGGGUUGUGCCUCUGGGAUGUUGUUUCGUUUUCUGUUUCAGAUAUACAUUGAUCAGCUGAAGGGAUUUUCUUUUUGUGAUAUGAAACGAGGGACCCAUUUUGUAGAAGCUAAGAGUGCAAUGUUUUUGGCGUGUUUAUUGCUAUUCAUAUCGCCUUGCUGUUUCUCGUAUUCAUAAGUAGAUCUGAAGGUUUCAAUUUUGUCGGUGCAAAUUUUUGUUCUCUCUGUUUACUUUCAUUUCUGUUUCCUGUUUUUGAGAAAACAGAUGUUGAAAAAACAACAUUUUGUCGUUUUUGAAACA